GUUAGCAGGGUGACAACCAAAUGGAAAAGAAAGGAAGACAAACCCUUUCUCUCUCUACGUCUGAGAUGUAAAUGACAGACUGGCAUUAGCAAGAGCUAGAGAGAGAGGGACGAGAUGAGUCUCUUUGGCCUGGGAAGCAGAAACCAGAAGACAUUCCGGCCGAAAAAGAGCGCUCCGUCCGGCAGUAAGGGUGCCCAGCUUCAGAAACACAUUGAUGCUACUUUGGGCAGUGGCAACCUGAGGGAGGCGGUUCGUCUGCCUCCCGGCGAAGAUAUAAACGAAUGGCUGGCAGUAAACACUGUCGAUUUUUUCAACCAAGUGAACAUUCUAUAUGGAACUCUCACGGAGUUCUGCACGCCGGUCAAUUGUCCGACUAUGUCUGCAGGGCCAAAGUAUGAGUACAGAUGGGCUGAUGGAGUAAACAUCAAGAAGCCGAUUGAGGUCUCUGCUCCAAAAUAUGUCGAGUAUCUAAUGGACUGGAUCGAAGUUCAGCUCGAUGAGGAAUCCAUCUUUCCUCAAAGAUUGGGAGCUCCGUUUCCGUCCAAUUUCCAAGAUGUUGUCAAGACCAUUUUUAAGCGGCUGUUUCGCGUUUACGCGCAUAUCUACCAUUCUCAUUUCCAGAAAAUUGUGAGCUUGAAGGAAGAAGCUCAUCUCAACACUUGCUUCAAGCACUUUGUUCUCUUCACAUGCGAAUUCCGCUUGAUUGACAAAGGGGAGCUUGCGCCUCUUCAGGACCUGGUUGAGUCCAUUUUACAGCCUAAGUGAUCUCUGGAAUUUUGGUCUGAUGUUUCUGGAUUUUGGUUCGGUUUUGGAGCACACAAUUUUGUCAGCUUCUUUUCUAUAUCCCUCUCCUGUCCUUGUUAUGGACCAUUUUCUUAGAUUUUGGGAAUUUUAAGAAAGCUGUUUCUGCUUGUAAUUUAUGUUCCAAGCAAUUAUCUCAUGUCAAAUUACAACCGUACAGCCUGUUUGAUCAAAAUUGCUAGUCGUGCAUCAGUUUGGAUGAUAGGAUUGGUAAUUUCAUUCAGGUUACUUGUAAGCGACUCAGAUUCACCGGUUAAUUUCUUGGAAUAACGCACAUUCAAUCGUUAAA